GACGGUUGUUCGCCCGACAGUGGUAUCGCGUCAGCCGUACCGCACUGACGUGACGACGGUCAUCUCUCGGCGUUAGCCUGUGCACAGUUCGCGCGUUCGCGUAUCUAUAAAAACAACGACAACGAAAUAAUUUUCUUAUUAUUUUAUACUGUUAUCAUUGUUGACUGAAACGGGUCGUGAACAACAAUUGACCGUUCGCGCACGUUGCCGGGAAAAUUAUACCUAGCCUAUCUGUAGGUAUAUACCACACUCCGUGUGUGAACCCGUUCGCUUACGUUCGCUGCGACGAAUUUUCCUUAUAACUCCUCGGCCGUUGGUCAUGCGGUCCUAGACCGAGAAGAAUUAUAUUCGUUUCCCUCGCACCGUUUCCCCAUUUCGCCAGCCAAAGUGUAAUCGGAGUACCACCUGUACACACUCUCGCCCGCCAUGCCGCUGUUCGGCAAAAAAGACGUGUCGAAGAAGACGAAGAAGGACGCGGAAAAGUCGCAGUCCAUCGAAGACAAGUACGACGUCAAAGACCUGCUCGGCACGGGAGCUUUUUCCGAAGUCCGAUUGGCCGUGAGCAAGGAACGUCCCAGCGAAAUGUACGCCGUGAAGAUUAUCGACAAAAAAGCGUUGAAGGGCAAAGAGGACUCGCUGGACAACGAAAUCAAAGUAUUGCGAAGGUUCAGUAAGUCGGUGAAAAGGAGUGAUCAUUCGGGAACCGACGAUAAGAACGAGGGUCAAUGGCUCACUCAUCCGAACAUCGUGCAAUUGUUGGAAACGUUCGAAGACAAGUCCAAGGUGUAUCUCAUCAUGGAACUGGUGACUGGAGGAGAGUUGUUCGACCGCAUCGUGCAGAAGGGUUCGUACACCGAAAAGGAUGCAGCCCAUUUGAUCCGCCAGGUGCUAGGUGCCGUGGAUUACAUGCACGAACAAGGUGUCGUGCACAGAGAUCUUAAGCCCGAAAACUUAUUGUACUACAGCACAGACGAUGACAGCAAAAUCAUGAUAAGUGAUUUCGGAUUGUCCAAGAUAGAAGAUUCUGGCGUGAUGGCGACUGCUUGCGGAACUCCCGGAUAUGUCGCUCCGGAAGUGUUGGCUCAGAAGCCCUACGGGAAAGCAGUGGACGUCUGGAGCAUCGGUGUGAUUUCGUACAUAUUGCUGUGCGGAUAUCCGCCGUUUUACGACGAGAACGACGCGAAUCUCUUCGCUCAAAUCUUAAAAGGUGAAUUUGAAUUCGAUUCUCCGUACUGGGACGACAUUAGCGAUUCCGCGAAAAACUUUAUACGGCAACUGAUGUGUGUUGAUGCAGACAAGCGUUACACGUGCCGCGAAGCACUGGCUCAUCCAUGGAUAUCUGGCAACGCGGCCAGCAGCAAGAACAUUCACGGAACCGUUUCGGCACAGCUCAAAAAGAACUUCGCCAAAUCCAGAUGGAAGCAAGCAUACCACGCGACAACGGUGGUGCGGCAGAUGAAAAAAAUGGCCUUGAACAGCGGAGCAGGAAUUAGCCAGGAUGCGAGAAUGGACAACCAGGACUAUCUGGUCAACGGGAUGACCGAAUCCAACAGACUCUAAGAAUUUCUCGUUUUACUUUCAUAUUAUAUAAUUAAUAUUAUCAUAAUUAUAAUUAUUACUACUCUUCUAAUUUUUAAAUAUCAUUAUUUUAUCUUUUAUUUUAUAUUAUUUCAUUAUUCUUAUACUUUUUUUUUUUUUUUGUUAACGAGAAUAAUUCUACACAUAUCUCUUAUAUAUCGAUAAAACAUAAACUCUUUACCCAGUAACCCGUCACCUAAUCGAAUAUUCGUUGAUACGAAUGUAUUAAAUCACAAGAGCGACGAUAAUAUACAACUGCAGAUAUAUUAUAUAAUAUUACAUAAGUGUACUUAUAAAUUGUAUAAUUUGAAGUCGUAUGUGUAUGUCCAUAAUACCACAUGGGUAUCGAUGAUAUUAUAUAGUAUAUACCUACAUGUAUAUAUAUAAUAUAAUAUAUUAUAAUUUCUAACAUAAUAUACGAAACACACACGCGCCAGUAUAUACGCGAACCUAAUUUACACACUUUGCCGUGAAUCAAAUGAAUCGAAUAUUUUUGCUCAUCACGACUUUGACGACGUUGUUCGAUAAAGUUUUUAAAAUAAAAAUUAUAAUAACAAUAAAAACGUGUAGAAUUAUACUAAUAUUAACAAUAUUAUUAUUAUUAAAAUUAAAAAAAGAAAAAAGAAAAAAAAAAAGACAUUAGAAUUUACGCAUUUAUUUUAGUAAGUGUAAUGAUUAUAAAAUAUCGAAACGUAAGUACCUACGUACACGUCUUGUUGUUCGCAACGCGCCAUGUCCCUUCUGUAGAAUUUUCGCUCCAAAACCGAAACCAAAACUACCUACCUACCUACCAAGACACUGUCGGUUCUUUUUUUCUC